CUUCGCUGCUAUCAGAUGUGUCUAUCAUGCUUGCUGUUCAUUAGUUAGAUGUGAUCACCCCGCACAAAGACUCCUUAAUUCAUGCAGGUUUCUUAGUUUGGGCUAUGCCAGGUUGACAAGAAAGACAAAAAGCUGCAGAAUUUCACCCAUGGGACCUUCCUGCACUGUUUCAAGGUUACAGCAGCAGUCUUGCUCUUAAAAACAAAGAAGGCUGGGAGUUUCGGGGAAUGCCUGAAGCUUACCAUAAUUCAUCUGCAAGAUUUUUUUUUUCUUUUCCCAUCUUGGAUUAAUUCAUUUUGUAGAGCUGAAGGCAGACCGCAGGAAAAAAAAACCCGACAUCCAAGCCUUGGAUGCAAGUUUCCUUUUGAGCAUCACAGCUACAGUACAUGCCUGCCAAGUAACCCAAGUUUGAAAAUGAUGAUUUGUGCAAAAUGAAAAACCUGGCUGAAGGCCCAAGCUGGAGAGGUUUAGCAAGCUGUUUGAAAUACAAGUGGGAGUCUUGUGACACAGCGAUUCACAAUUGACUUCCAGUUUCAGUACCUAGAGCAGGGGGAUACUGUUUCUGCAACGAUGGAAACUGAAUCAGGAAACGGAACAAGGGCAAAUGAGGCUGUGGUCGUAGAACCCACAUCCUUAUCCCACUUCAGUCCACAGCCGGACAAAGUCAACAAUGAAGUUGUCAAAGAAGACCUGCAAGCUGCGAGGAAGAUAGAGAGAUUUGACAUCCCACUAGACAGCCUGAAAAUGAUGUUUGAGAAUACCACUGCCAUGAAUCCAAGUUCAACACCUAAAAACGAAGCAAGAGCAAAAAGAGGUAUGCACACACCAGCAUCUAAGAAACAACUUGGAAGCCCUACCAGCAGUUUUGCAAUGGACCAGAAAGACUGCCAAUCACCUGAAGACAAAUUGUGCCCAAAAUCGAGCCUGGACACCAGCAAAUCUGCUGGCAGCACAGACAAAUCAGGCACAGGAAUUCCAGAGGAAACUGCAAACGGGAGGAGCAGCACACUAUUGGAUAGCAACAACGAGACUGUUUCACUGAAGGAAAGGCUGGCCAUGUAUCAGGCAGCUGUCUCCAAGAAGGAGGCAGCCAGCACCUCCAGCACAGCUGUGGAGGAGUCUGAAGCUUGCUCUUUGCCUGGAGGGCUAGCCAGCGUGAAGAAACAAUUUGAGAGCCAGGAAAUUGGAUCUUCACACAGAACAGUUACCCAGUUCCAUUACCAGCACAAAUCUGUACAGGAAGUGUCAAGUACAUCUGAGGUUAUGGUGAAGAGCAGUACCGGGGCAGAGCUGAGAGAGAAUGUUCCAUCAACACACCAGGUGUCUUUUGUUCAGGAUGAAAAGGUCUCACUUGAUGAGAGUGUUCACCAAAGCAGCCUGGCUUCUGGCUAUGAAAACCAUUAUGAUGAAACAGUGAAAAUCAUCACAGGAGAAGAGUUACCAAAGAUUUCAACUCAGGUCCUGAAACAGCAGUUUGAAAAACCAGCUCAAGAAAAAGUACAAGUGGAGGUGACUCCAAGCAAACACAUUAAGAUUGAUCAUGAUUUCAACCAAAUCCAAUGGCCACCAAUUUUAAAUACCUCUUCUAGAACCUCAACAAGCAGGAUUUGUGAAACAUCGUCCACAACUAGAGAGGUUGAAGGAGCAAGAUACACAUCAGUGUCUGAUUCUGCUUCUGCCAGAAAUUUUGAGGGAGUAGAAUAUUUCCCUCCACCACCACCAGACUUACUGAAGGCACCAUCUGAAUUGGUAGAACCCUCUUAUUCUCCAGAACCCCCAACUUAUCCAUCAAAAAAUACAGCUCCCAAAGAGGAAUAUUCCAAACAGCGUAACCUUAAUGAAUUAAAACGCCUGUAUAAACAUAUUCACCCUGAAGUCAGGAAGAAUUUAGAGAAAGAUUAUUUUAGUGAUUUCACAGAGAUACAUCAUGUGGAAAGUCAAGGGGAAGUCAAAGGGGAUGUCCAGCAGGCCAGAUAUGUUUUUGAGAACACUGGGCACAGUCCCAAUAAGUGUAUGAGCCCAGAACGCGAAUAUCUUGAAUGGGAUGAAAUUCUAAAAGGUGAAGUACAAUCUAUGCGCUGGAUGUUUGAAAACCAGCCUUUGGACUCAAUUAAGGAUGAAUCUCCAGAUCAGGAAAAUGCCAGAAACAUUUCUCAACAGGAAAUCAUUGCAGGAGGAGAUGUCAAAUACACUGCUUGGAUGUUUGAGACUCAGCCUAUUGAUGCAUUAGGUGCCAGCACCCCAGAUUCUGUCGAACAAACUGCCAAAUUUCCUGAGUUAGCAAGAGGAGAUGUUCGCACUGCAGCAUGGCUUUUUGAGACACAGCCCUUGGACACUCUGAAUAAAAUUUACCAAGAGGACGAACAAGCCACAGACGUUACAAUUUCAAAAGAUAUUACUGGAGGCAAUGUCAAAACUGCCAGGUACUUAUUUGAAACACAGCAUUUAGACACUCUAGGCCACACUGAGACAAUUGAUGAAGAUCACUUCCUGCAGCUUAAAUCUGAACUUGAAGAAAUCAAAGGAGAUGUGACAACAACGACCAGGCUUUUUGAAACUUUACCUCUAUGUGUCAUCAGAGGCAGCGCUGGUGAAAUGCUUGAGAUUACAACCGUUCGUAGAGAAGAAACAGAAAGAGGAGAUGUCAGAACUUCAAGAUGGCUCUUUGAAACUCAGCCUUUAGACAUGAUAAAUAAAGAUGCCACUCAGGUCAAGGUUGUUUGUGGUGUUUCUAUGGAGGAUAACAUUCAAGGGGGUGUAAACAGAGGACGGUGGUUAUUUGAAACAAAGACCCUUGACAGUAUUAGAGAAGAAUCAGAAAGUUCUAAAUUGGAAAAGGAGGAUAUAAUUGGUGCUGAUGUUCGCAAACAGUGCUGGAUUUUUGAAACUCAGCCUAUGGAUUCUUUGAAAGACAAUUCAAAUACUAGACCCAUACCCACUGAAGAAAUUGUUAGGGGUGAUGUGCAAUCAGCAAGAUAUUUGUUUGAAACAAUUCCCAUGGAUGCUUUGAAGGAUAGUCCAGAUGUCGGAAAACUUCAAAAGGUAGUUGCCUCAGAGGAGGAACGUGGGGAUGUAAGACAUCAAAAGUGGGUUUUUGAGAGUCAACCACUUGAAAACAUCAGAGAAGAGAAGAAGGAUUUCAUACGAACUGUGAAAGUUGAGGAACUUGAUAAAGGGGAUGUCAGGAACUACAAGAAAAUCUUUGAAACCGUGGAUUUAAGUCGAUGCGAUGAAUCCCAGAAAAUACAAGUAGAAGGUGUCUCCAGUGGCUCUGUACAGUCAAAUAGAGUUAUCUUUGAAUCUGCUCCACUUUAUGCCAUGCAAGACAGCUCUGGACAGUACCAUGAGGUGAAAACAGUGAGAAGGGAAGAAAUAGUAAAAGGUGAUGUAAGAAGCUGCAAAUGGAUGUUUGAAACACGUCCUAUUGAUCAGUUUGAUGAAAGUAUUAAUAAAUUCCAGAUAAUUAAAGGAAUAUCCAAACAGGAGAUACAAUCGGGUGAUGUUAAAACAGCUAAGUGGUUAUUUGAAACUCAACCUCUUGAUUCCAUCAAGUAUUUUAGUAACAUAGAUGAUGGGGAAAAUAAGACAAAGGAAACUGAUGAAAUUGUGAAAGGGGAUGUUAAGACAUGCAGGUGGUUGUUUGAGACUCAACCAAUGGAUGUCUUGUAUGAAAAGGCUGAGUCAAAGAGUGAAAUGGAAGAAAUUCAAAAAGGUGAUGUUAAAACCUGCACAUGGCUCUUUGAAACACAGGCGCUAGACGCAAUCAAAGAUGAAUCAGAGACUGUUCUAAAAACGUGCACAGUGAGACAGGAUGAUGUUCAAGGGAAGGAUGUCCGAAUGGCCCGUUUUCUUUUUGAGACUGAGAACCUUGAGAAUAUUAAAGGAGAAGAUGGUAGGGUGUUCAAGAGGGUCACCGAGAUAGACGUUCAGUCUGGAGAUGUUUCAAGGAUGAAAUGCAUAUUUGAAAACCAAUCAUCCGAUUUAUUUAGUUCGACCUCUGAAGAAACAAUGAAGAAACUGAAGAGCAUUCAGGCUGAAGACAUCCAAAAGGGAAAUGUUGUCAACUGCAUGUGGCUCUUUGAAAACCAACCUAUAGAAAACAUUAAAGAAAAUCCUGAAGAACAUAAAAACAUACGCACAGUCACAGAUGUGCAAGGUGGCAAUGUCAAAAAUGGUUGUUUUAUUUUUGAGACCUUUUCCUUAGACAGAAUUCACGAGGAGACCUCGGAGACAUUGAAACAGAUAAAGACAGUUCAACAGGAAGAAAUAGAAAGAGGAGAUGUAAAGAACUAUACUAUGCUUUUUGAAACACAGCCACUCUAUGCUAUUCAAGACAAAGAAGGCCACUUCCAUGAGGUGACCACAGUAACAAAGGAAGAAGUGAUGCGGGGAGAUGUAGUGGGUGCUAGAUGGCUGUUUGAAACAAAGCCUCUAGACUCAAUUAAGGACACAGAUGAAGUGUAUGUUCUCAAAGCUGUAACUCAGGAAGAUAUUCAGAGAGGAGAUGUAAGCUCUGCCAGGUGGCGGUUCGAAACACAAUCACUAGAUGAAAUUGCAGAUGAUGUGAAAGUUCUGACUCGAACAGUUGAUGAUAUUCAAGGAGGAGACGUAAAAACAAGCAAGAAGCUCUUUGAGUCGGAGGAGCUGGAUGAGAAAAAAGUUGUGAGGACAGUAAGUGUGAGUGAAAUCCAAAAAGGUGAUGUUAGAACAGCUACGUGGCUAUUUGAAACACACACAAUGGAUGAAAUACAGGGUGAGGGUUCUGAUUACAGUGAAAUCAAGACAGUGACAAAGGAAGAAGUGUUGAAGGGAGAUGUCAAAGAAUCUAUAUGGCUCUUUGAAAAGCAGCCUCUCGAUACUAUAAAGGAAACAGAUGGAACAGAUAUUGUUGUUACACGCGAAGAAAUUCCACAAGCUGAUGUAAAGACGACAACAUGGCUUUUUGAAACAACACCCUUCCAUGAAUUUAAUGAAAGUCAUGUUGAGAAGACUGAGAUUGUUGGUAAAAGUAUCAAAGAGACCCUGAAUGAACUAUACUCUCACAAAGUUGUUGAUACACAUGGAAUACUCAUCGAAGCAGAUGAAAUCGGGGAUGUCAGGAUGGCAAAAUAUAACCUCAUGAAUCAAGAAACCCCAGAAAUUCAAAAAGAAGAAAUCAUAAGAGGGAAUUUGCAAAAUAUAAUGAUGAAUCUGUUGAAUAAACAGGACACAACAGAAAAGGGGAUCAUAAUAGACAAAGAGGAAAGGGGCAAUAUAAACACAACAGUAGCACAGCUGUUUAAUCGAGAGACAGAUAUCAAUGUAGAAAAAGAAGAAAUAAUUAAGGGAGACAUUCAGGAAGCCAUCAACAACCUGCUCGUGGAAGACAAAUCUACAAAGCGAGGUAUUUUGAUUCAAGAAGAUGAAAUGGGAGAUGUAAGGAUGACUAUAUACUCUCUUCUUAAUAAAAAAGAUGAAGCGACCAUUAAGAAUGAAGACAUAGUAAAAGGUAAUGUAAAAGGUACUAUCCACAAUCUUCUUUCAACUCCAGAUAGUCCAGAGCUUUCUAGGAAGAUAAAAAUAAAUGAGGUGGAAAGAGGAAAUGUAAGCUUUUAUACAACAUGCAUAGAAUCAGGAGCAAUGGACUACCUCAGACAACUCCAAACAGAUCCAGAAGACACUCCUCCUGAGCAGAGAGGAGAAGAGGAAAUAAUUGGAGGUGAUGUGGAAGGGACAAAACUCCUUCUGAAAAAGAAUCAAAUUCAAAUUGAGCGCACAGUUGCAGAAGAUGAUAUUGUUCCUGGGGAUGUACAUAACACAGUAAAGGUGUUCAUGACUGAGCCUGAAAAUCUGCUGGUUAAUGUUCAGAGAGAGGAUAUUAUAAAAGGAGACUUAAAGGCAGCUCUAAACUCUUUAUCGCAAGCCAUACACCAAACAACAGUUAUUGAAAAGGAAGAAGUGGUGAAAGGCGAUAUACCUGCAACUUUAAAAUCUCUUGAGGAAGCAAAAAAUCAAGCUAAGGAACUUGAAAAGCUGGAGGUUGUUCCAGGUGACAUUAAAGGAGCACUCGAGUCCCUGGAAAAAUCAGUGAAUACGAAAAUUGAAAUUAUUGUGGAAGAUUUAGUACACGGUGAUAUCAAAGGCACAUUAAAAUCAUUGGAGGAAGCACAGCAUAUUGUGAAGGAGGUGGAAAAAGAAGAAGUUGUCAAAGGUGACAUCCAGUCUGCAAUGCAAAAUCUGUUAGGAGCUUCAGCUGAAAAGAAGGUUGUGCAACACCAAGUGAGUGUGCAGGGUGAUGUGAAAGCCACUAUACAGGCAUUACUAGAACCAAAAACACCUGCAAAAACUCAACGCAGACCUAGUACAGAAGGAGAUGUGAAACAUACAAUUAGAUCGCUUUAUGACGUGCAAGAACCAACCCAAAUGGAAAAGGAGACUGUGAUAAAAGGAGAUGUACAGGGUACAAUAAAAAGUCUGAGGGAAGGAAAACAACAUACCAGUACUGAGCUCAAUACUGAUGACUCUAAAAAUGUAAAAGGCGCAGUGAAAACUUCAUUACAUUCUCAGCAAGGAAUCCAUGAAUGCUCUGUUGUAACUAAGUCUGAAGGAGAAACAGUAAAACAAGUCCCUGCUGGAAAAAAUCUGGUUCACAACGUUGAACCAGAGAAUGACAGUGGGAAGCAAAAACACAUAAGCUGUAAUAAAUCAGUCAAAAUUAAGUCUUUAGUCCAGGAAGAUCAGUCUCUUCUGACUAAAACUGUAAUAAGCAAUAAGGUUCACCAAUCAAAGGAAAAAACUGUUAAUGAACAAUCAGUGAAACAGAAAUCAGCAUCAUUACCUCAGCCUAUGAGUGCAAUGAAGAAAAUCACUACAAAUCAGUUGACUGAAACUGUUACUGCUGAACAUCCUGAUGUGAUAAAAAAGAAUUCACAGAGGAAUGUAAUGAGAACUAAGAAUAUACAAGAGGCAAAAUUAAUAAAGAACACAGAGACAACGGUGACAGAACACAAAACAGGUAUUAAAAAACUGGAUGUUAAAACUUUAAAGACACAUUCCAGAAGUUCUGAAUUAGGAAAAGGGGAUGGUCAUUUAGUUAAGCCAGAGAAAAAGAAGGUGAAACCAGAAUUACAUUUUCCUCCACCACCUCUGUCUCCUCCACCUUCUGAGACAGAGUUGCCUCCUCCACCCCCACCUAUGCUGGUCGUGGAAGCUGACAAUCAAAUGUUUCCGCCUCCACCGCCAUCAGUGAUGAAGCAGGACAGCGAUCUGCCUCCUCCCCCUCCUCCACCUCCUCCUUCUGUUGAAUAUUUACACCCAGAAAUGGAACAUUUCCCCCCUCCGCCUCCACCAUCACCUCCCUCCAUGGUUACAAACAAAUUAGAGCGGGAAACUCUUCCUCCACCACCUUCACAGAAAGAACUGGACUCCAUACCUUUGCAAAAACCUCAUGUAUCACCUGAAGGAGCUAAGAAAAUUAUUGUCAAGCCAGCAAACGUACCUCCUUUGCACAAAGCCCCAAAGUUUGAACCCAGUAAGCAGGUAAGGCAAAGCAAAGUUAAGAUAAAAACCUAUCUAGAACCCCCAACAUCUACAUCAGCUGUUUUGACAGAGUCACAUGUCCAAAACCAACAAACCGCAGCAGCAGUUUCAACUAUAACUACAGAAGUGGAGUCACGUGAAGAAAAAAUAAAAAAACAGGAAGAGCUAAAAACGCAGAUUCAACAAGAUGCUCUAGCUCUCACAGCAGCAAAGGCUUUACCUGGAAAAUCAUUGCCAAAGGCACCACAGGAAGAGAGCCCUCUUGCGUCACCAAAGAGAGUCUUUGUGCCUCCAGUAAAAUUACCAUUUCCAACUACUGAACCUCCCACCACAAAACCUAAACCAUAUGUGAGGAAAUUCAAAACUCCACUGAUGAUCGCAGAGGAAAAAUACAGAAAACAGAGAGAAGAAACUGAAAAAAUGAAAGGAGUUCAAACUCCCAAAAGCCCAUCCAGUUCUGAAGAACCCCAAGAAUUCCCUCACAGUCAAUCUGAAAAGGCUGUUUUAGUAGCACUCAAAGAACAAUCAGAAAAAAAAUCAUCGGAUCAGUCAGAAGUAAUUCACAAGCAAACUGAAAAGAAUAUAAAGUCUGAAGCAGUAUUUUUAAAUUCAUCUCUAUCUACAGGAAUGCCAGUGACAUCCGUCAGCAAUUUAACCUUUGCGGGAAAUCAGAAAUCAUUUUUUAAUUCAGCCACUAUUUCUUCUGCAAAACAUAAUGUUACUUCUGAUCAAAUUGCUACUGUUUCUUCUUCUAAACAAAAGGCCACUUCAGUUUCUUGCACUGAAACUCUUGAUUCUUCCAAUAUCAACACUCUGAUUGUGUCUUCUGCAGCUGAGCAACUAGAGAGUAUCCUGAAUACAAGUUCAGAAAAUGAAAGAAGUAAACAGGAAAUAUUACAGGGAUUAAAGAAUCUCACUCAAGGUCCUAGCACUCCAAAAAGUAAUACUAUCAAGAAAAUCAGUGAUUCUAAUCAACAGGAACAUGAGAAAAUAUCUGUAGAGCCUUCAAGAAUUCCAAAAGUAACCCCAAGUUUUAAAGUUAAAACAAUUAAGGUGCCAAAAGUAGAUGAAUGCUCAGAAGAAAAAAAGAGGGGUGUUAAACAGCAAGUUGAAAUGAAAAAGGCAAGCAAGCAAAAAACAGAUGAACAAGCUGAACAUGUAGAUUCAAAGCCAGAUAUGAACAUGGUUCAGGAAAAAUCCCUGCUGACAAGAAGCAGUCUGCAACAUUCAGAAACCGAAGUUAAAGUGGAAAAAGUAGAAAAGCACAACAAAUCCGAGAUUCCUGAAGAUUCACCACAGUCCAAGCAGGAGCAUCAAAUUAAGAAGUUACAGGAGAAAUCAAAGAAAGAAAAAGAGAUUAAACAACAAAUACCUAUUAAAGUGACUGUAAUCCCAAAAGAUACAAAGCCACUGAGUUCUGGGAAACCAUUGCAAGUCCAGGAGAAGGGGAUUAUGCAAAAGACACAUACAACACUUGAAAAGGAGCACAUUCAAGUCCAUGAAGAAGUAAUAAUUACAGAAAGCACAGUUCAGCACACUGCCCAGCAGCAUGGUGCUGCUCAUAUUCAGAAACAACAACAUUCGUACGAAAAACAAAAAGAAGAAUCAAGCAAACAAGGAAAGGUUCAUGAAAAAAUACAAGCAAAAGAAGAAUCCAGGGAAAUCCCAGUUAAACUGACAAAAAAAACAAUGCAUAAGGAAGAUCCUAUAUCUUCUAGGAAUACUGCAGCAAUGUCAAGAAAACGGGAAGAGUUACAACAGCUACUUUCUCACAUUAACAAUUUUGAGAAAGUUCCGGGACAAAAUUAUUCACAGACAGCAAAGAGUUUUCUAGAAAACGUUCCUGAAUGGUUGAUAGGCCAAGAAGAAAGGAAAGAAUUGGAGAGAAUUCCUGAUGACUGUUCUGUUCAGAAACUAAAAGAAAUUACUGCAUACAUAAGAAAUCAGGCAUACGCAAAACUUGUAUAUUUUGAUGGUAGCCUGCACGCAGCUGACAAUGAGCCUGUUAGUGGAGCCACACCAAAAAUAUCCAAAAUAAAUAUUGGUUCCACCAAAGUUGAUACUCAGAAGAAAAAGGAAGUAGUGGAGGAGAAAAUGACAUGGCAGGAAAGCAGAAAGCAAGACUUUCAUGAAGCAAUAGCAAUCGAUCAGAGAAUUCCUUCUCCCUUGGUAAGAUUGCGUUCACCUUCACCUUCAUAUAUUACCAUUGAAUCCACAGCCCGCAGAACUGAGUCUCCUCAGAGAGCUGCCCCUUCCCCCCCACUGACGACAAUGCAAAGGGCUGCUACUCCACCAGCACCACCCCCCCGCAGCUCCAAUACCCCAACAUCUCGAAUGAGCAGAGCCUCCGCCACUCCCUCGCCGCCUGUCAGUCGAGCUGAGAAACUGGCCAAGCUGAAGGACACCACUGCGAAGCUAUCUCAGGGAGUAUCACAGUCUCAGACAACCCCACCUGUGCAGGUCACAGAGAAGAAAUCUGAAAUCAUUGAAUCUCCAGCAUCCUUCCGCCGGCAGUUCAAAAUUGAGUCGCACGUCGUGGAAACGGCCACUUCAGAAUCCUCGCUGAUCGGCGGUACGGUCAAGGACAUGAAAGAAUUUUAUGAGGAAGCUAGAAAAGCAGAAGAGCACAAAACGUACAACCGCAAGGAACCCAUUGAGAUUCCGGUGCGUUUGGGUCUUGAAAUGGAGGACUCCGAUCAACUCACUGAAAAUCAAAGAGAUGACGUCCCUAAGGUAGACCUGUCAGAGCUUGUUCACAAAUUCGAAUCACCAGAACAAAAGGUUUAUGUCAGGAAGAAACCUAUUGUUAUAGCAGAGAGACUCGGAAGUGACACUGAAGAUGAUGGUGAAAGGAAAACUACUCAAACGGAAGAAAUGCCAGCUUUCAAUCUUAAAGCCAUUAAAACGGUGUUCGAAAGCACAGAACAAAGCUGCCAUAUCAAAGAUCAGAAAAAUAAACAUGAGAGAAUGGAAUCAAGACUGACAUCAGGUGAACACACAGCAGAUGGCUCAAAGCAAACCUUCCCCUUGAGGACACAGAAGGGCUCAAAGCAAAAUUCCCCUCAGCCUGCUCAACAGGAUGAGAGGCAAGAAGAGUCAUGUGAGCCCACCGUGUCCUCUAAAAUGAAUUCAGUGAGUGAACAGUUUUCGGGUGCUGAUAAAUUUGGCAACAAAAUAAGUGGGUCAAGAAGUGCAACAACUAUGGCUCAGCAUUCUGAAAGCAUUCGAACCCGACAUGCCCCUCCAACAUAUGCAGAUGUGGUGAAAGGGAAUAUCGCUGUACUGGAUAUAUCUGCAGACACAUCUCCUGAAGAAUUGUUGAAGAAUUUCCAAAAGACCUGGCAAGAAAGUGAAAGGGUUUUUAAAAGCCUUGGCUACAAAGUUUCAGAGGUGGAAGAAAUGACGUCACAGGCAAUAUCACAUCAGGAAGUGACUGAAAAUUCAAGUUCCAGAACUGGAGACGUGCACACUGUGUCAGACGAAGGUUUAUCCGAUGGAGUGUUUAAUCGCAGACAAACAAACCUUCCAUAAAGCCUGUUUCCGCUGCCAAUACUGCAGUAGUAAACUAAGCCUAGGCAAUUAUGCCUCUCUCCAUGGACAAAUGUACUGCAAACCUCAUUUCAAACAGCUAUUCAAGUCCAAAGGUAAUUAUGAUGAA